AUGAGACUGGCUCUAAUUCUCUCACUAGUCUCCUCAAUUCAAAUUUUCCAACAAUCGGCGCUCGAAAAAUCGGAUUUCUCGUCGAUUUUUGAAUUUUCAUUGGCUUCCGCCGCUUUUCCAAUCGGCAAAUUCAUUGCCACGUGUAUUUUAUCGAUUGAUUUCGGGGGAGCCGGAAACCACGUGGAUUUACACGCCAAAUUGGAUCAAUGCGCGAAAUUAUUGAUUUUUGGAGCAUUUGUGAUGAUUUGUCCGAUGUGAGUUUGAAAUUUUUUUUAAUGCCUACCUACAGUACUUCUGAAGCUACAGUAACCCGAAAAAUAAUAACAUUUUUGGAAACUUUUCAAAAGACCUAGUAGAAUAACACUACAGAAAACUUUUUUGAAUAAAAAUUUCAAAAGUUGUAAUUUUUAAAUUUUACUUUGUACUACAGUACUUCUACAGUACCUCCCUCUCUCUCUACAGUAUAUUUUUCCAGCUUCCCAUUUCUCUCAACUCUUCUCGGUCGUUUUCUCAUCGGUUUUUCAGCUGGAAACGGUUUCAUCUGUGCACCGGCAGUUCUUCAUCUCUCAAUCCCCGAAAAUCUUCGUCCACCAAAUUUCCUAUUUCUAGCCGCCGCAUUUUCUUUCGGCACAUUUCUAGCUAGUUUGUUGGACUUUUUACAACUCUCUAAAUACGUGGCCGCUGGUUUUACCGUACUCUCCGGGAUACUGUACCUGAUUCUGAGGCCUGCAAAAUUCGAUCAAAUCUUUGGGCCUGAUUCGGAAGAUUCUGUUGCAGGAAGAAAAUCAGAACAUCCGAUUUUAUUUAUAGUUAUCUUGAUGAUUUUGAACGUCUCAAUUGGUGUUCCAAUCAUCCAAACCUACAGUACUCUAAUUUUCGAGUAUUUUCAAAUUUCUGAAACUCGCGCCAAAAUCUUAUCGCUGAUCUACCCAAUUCUACAAUUUAUUCCAAUUUUUGUCUCAACUGAAAUGUUGAGUUUUUCUCGAAAAUCGUUGAUUUUGGGUGGAUAUUAUUUGGCGUUGAUGGCCCAAUUUUUUAUUAUGAUCACUUCGGAAUAUACGUUGAUGCCGGACGAACAUCGAGAAUUGGCCAUGUGCAUUUUGGUAAUGAUUUUAGCGUGCGCGUUUACGGUGCCGUGUAAUACUGGGUUGUGUAUGAUUUUUGGUGAGUUUUGGGGAGGGAUACUGUAGUUUUUGAUCUAUCGAUAUUCCGAAUUCGCAAACUUUUUGGAGUUCUAUUUUUUCCAGAACAAUUCGAUGGUCCCAAUUUGAAAGCAGCCAGUCGUUCUCGUUGUAUCAUGUGGUUCCUUUCCUCAAUUUCCACUCUAACUUUCGCCAAAUCCCUUUUCUCUUUGGGUUUUGCACUAUCUUUUAUGCCCUAUUUUCUAGUGUCCGCCAUUUGCUUUUUGAUUUUGAUCCACAUUUUUCCAGAGUCGAAAAAUGAGUUGAAUGAAGAGGAUUUGCCGGGAGUUUUGUUGUGAGAAUAAAGAUUUUUUGGUGUUUUUUCGCGUUUUUUUUUGUAAAAGGGCGUGGUAUUUUAUAGCUGCAUGUUUCACAAGGGUAAAAAUGUGUUGUGGAUCAUUCAGAUGUUUUUCGGAUCUUUGCAAUUCUGGGUGUCAACAAAACAACAAAUUGCAAAAAUUAAGAAGUUUUUACUCAAACUCCAAACUCUAAACUGCUCCAAAUUUGUGGAAUGCUUUGACUACUGAAUCGUAAUCACCAUGAUCCCAAAUUUCAUCUCAAAAUCAUUUGGAAAACUCAUAACUUCAAAUUUUUUGGUUUUCUUUCCGAUUAUUUUUUUUCUUAUCCUAUUUUGUUGAGAUUUUUGAACACAUCGAAACACAAACAAAAUUCCAGUAUUCAUUAAUGAUUUGAACCAUAAAAUCCACCAAAUCAAUAAGCGCAAUCUUUGCUUUAUCCCUCCCUGAAAUCCUGAAUCCCCGAAAAUGUCAGCUGCUCGUCUCUCUGCACUCUCUCCAAUCUCCACACUCUUUCACUUUCUCGAAAAUCUUCUUUUUCGUUGUUUUCCACAAACUUUUUAUCAUUUUCACAACCAUGAACUCUCACCUCCUCUUUUUCUACUAUUUUUCAAUUUUCUCGAUUUUUUUGGUUUUUUCGACGCCGUUGAGUUCGAAUUCGGUUGAAACAUCGGAAUUUUCGACUGAAGUUCCAGAUUUCAAUUUUUGAAAAUGCGGAGAAAUCUGAGAAUGAAGUUGAGGUUGAAAAUCAGAUUUCCACGACGACAACGACUACAGAACAUCCAACUUUUACAGGUUAGAGAUUUUGGAAAAAAAGGUUUUUGUAGCUCGGGAUACUGUAGUUGCCUGAAAAUUUUGCAGUUCCGGGUUACUGUAGUAGUUCAGUGUGCUAAAGUUUGGAAACCGAAAUUAUUUUUGUAAAUAGUUCGGAAUACUGUAUCUUCGAGUUACCGUUUUUCUUUGCAGGCCAAGUUUCUGUAAUUCUUUAAUUUUGCAGUUCGAUUACUGUAAGUAAACUCGAACUGCAAAAAAGUAGUAUCACUUUAUGAAUUCCGAAUCACUUCUUACAAUCAGGUUGAUUACGGUAGGUCUAAAAAUCAACAGUACCCCGAACUGCAAAAUUUCCUUCGAUGUUUUGAUGACUAACUUGUUUACCCUUUUUUUCCGAAAUACGUCAUCAAAAGAAAAAAAGAGGUAUCUUUUUCCACUUUUUCUUUUUCUCUAGAACAAAAAAAAAACACAAGCACAUGAUAAAAUUUUAUUGAGCCUUUGAUUUUUCGAGGGAUCAAACAUUUAGCUUAACUCUUAGGGUUCGAAUCCAGCUUCACCUCAAAUUUUGAACCGCUAACUUGAUAUUUCCAGUAGAUGUCCUAGAUGCGCCAAUCGAAAGAAUCGAAAUUCGUCUGAUGGAUGAGAACAUCACAAAUUCCAAUCAGAAUCUAGAAUCAUCAACAACAUCCACAACAACAUCUUCACCAUCGCAAGAAGAUCAACAUCCCGAAUCUCCACCACCAACAGAUCCGGUAACUGAAGUUCCUCUUUAUAAAAAAGCUGAAUAUGUUGUGCAAACACAAUCCACCCCAGGACCCACACCUCUCGAAUAUUCGUAUUCAUAUUUGCCGACCGAGUACUCAGCAGAAGUUAUGAGAACUUCUGAGCCGAUUGUGGUUGGAGAGCAGGAGGGAUAUUUUUCGACGGUGCCGUCGAAUCACGAGGUGGGAUUUUGUUUGGGAAAAAAAUUUUACUUCAAAAAUAUCGGAGAAUUUUCAAAAAGAAAAAAAGCCUUCCGCAACUGUUUCUUUACAGAUCCAAGCCAAGGCCUGGAUUUCGCACGCUCCUCCAGUCGUCCCACAAUUCGAUGGGGACAUUGAUGAAGAUGAUUUGCCACCUCAGCCAGAGCAGCAAACGGUGAGCUAUAGACAUCAGAGAACCUGAGCCCAAAAUUAUCUAAUUUCAGAAUUCUGAUGAAGCAGAUGAGCCUGAGGAAGAAUGUCUGGCGAAUAAAGAGCAUCUGAGCCCAGAAGUAAUUUCUAGGCUCCAAGAAGAAACUGCAAAUUUAUACAAAUUGGUUCGAAAACGAAACGAGCUGCAAAAAUUGCACUGUCAACCAAAUGAAAAUCAGGUGCCAGAUCGGGAAAUGGAUCAAAAUUGUAUUACAUGGAGAUCGGAAAAACUGGUCUAUUAUUAUAAAUUGAUGCGAAAGACUUAUUGUCGAGUUGAUCAGUGGCCUAAUCCGUCAAAAGUUAAGAAAACUUAUGGAGAAUAUUUGAAUUUGUUCGGAACUUUUUAUGCUUUUCAAAAAUAA